GUACUUUGCGUCGAAAAUCAUAACAACCAACAAGCCGCCAUUUUUUAUUAUCGCGGCUCCAUCCACAGCUUGACACAAGAGCGUCAUUUUCUGCUGCAUCUGAAGAUAAUUUUUACUGAAAAAUAGACAAAAUUUGUGUACGUAAGCUCGCUCAAGUUCCCGAUCCGCUCCCGGCGGCCGGUAGUGGAUGAACCUAGUGACGCUCCGUGACGGAGGUGGUGAUUUAUUUUUCUCGGAAAACUGUUUUUGAUCCGUUUGCGUACGGCGGGGGCAGUAUCUCCCCGGACGAUUUUCCGCGCGAGGAAGUGUUUUCUUAUUUUCUUUUUGGUUUACACUCCCCGAAUCGAGUGGCUUUUUUGCUGCGUUGGUAGUUUAUGAGGUAGUUUGCUAGCGUUCGAGUGACGAACAAGAAGAGUUGAUAGGAUAAAAAGUGCAAUUCAGUGAUAAGGUGGAAAAUAGCAUCAGACAGAGUGUGUUUGUAGGGAGAUCAAGCCAGUAGAGUCAACAUGACAGACUUUAAAGGAUACGCCGUUAAUGAUCUCGUAUGGGCCAAGAUGAAAGGCUUCUCACCAUGGCCUGGCCGAAUCUCGGAACCACCAGCGGAAUUACGUCGCAUCGCGGUGAAGAAAAACAUUCCGGUUCGCUGUAUAUUUUUCUUCGGUUCGAACAAUUACGCAUGGAUCGAGGAAACACAGAUCAAACCAUAUCAAGAGUUCAAGGAAAAGCUGCUAUCAUCGUGCAAGUCGGCUGGUUUCAAGGAAGCUGUCCAGCAGAUUGAGGAAUACAUUUCCAACCCAGAAAAAUUUCAAUCAUUGUUCGUCUCGGAGCAGGCGAAUCGGCCCGAUCCGGAUGUGGAAUUUAACAAACUGCGCGAAGCGGCAAACAGCGAAAGUGCCGACGAGGCGUCCGUCAACAACACGUCGACUCCUGCCGCAUUGGAGGCAGAGGCAGAAGAACAACAGCCCACAACACCAAUCACCGCAAAGAAAUCCGCAGCCAAAAAGAAAGUACGUGCCUCGUUACCCAUCAAAUUGAACGCUGUUAAGGCCGCCUCCACGACCAAGGCGAGAUCGAUAGGAAACAAAGCCAAGGCUGCAAUCGAAAUCGAAGCCACUUCGCCGUCACCAAAGCGUAAACGAAAACUGCUGCUGGAACCGGUUGACUCGCCCGCGCUGAAUUUGGACACUUUCUCACCGGUUCGGCGUAACGUACCUGUUUCGCAUCUCUUGAACCGUCCGGUGACGGUUGCACGUCCGGCAACGCCGGAAAUCGAUAUGUCCAGUGUGUCGAAUGCACUCCAGUCGCGUAACAUUCAGGCGUCCAAUCUGAAGUUUGGCUUCCUCGGACUCGGAAUAAUGGGCUGUGGUAUUGUGAAGAAUCUACUCAACUCGGGCCACUCGGUUGUAGUUUGGAACCGAACCGCCACCAAGUGUCGGAAGUUUCAGGAGGCUGGCGCUGAGGUAGCGGAUACCCCAUCGGACGUGAUUGAGAUGACCGACGUGACGUUCUCGUGCGUCUCUGAUCCGCAGGUCGCUAAAGAUUUGGUAUUCGGUAACUGUGGCGUGAUGUCGGCCAACCUUGUUGGCAAGGGUUACGUCGAGAUGACGGGAGUGGAUCCGGAGACGUCACAAGACAUCGCUGAGCAGAUUAUUUCAAAAGGAGGACGGUAUCUGGAAGCACAAAUACAGGGUUCGAAAAACCAAGCCGAGGAAGGUACACUGAUAAUUCUGGCCGCCGGCGAGCGGCUGCUGUUCGAGGAGUGCCAGACCUGCUUCGAGGCGAUUUCGCGGAAUUCGUUCUACCUGGGUGAUGUGGGCAACGCAACCAAAAUGAAUUUGGUUCUUCAGAUGAUUUCCGGUGUGACGCUAGCGGGUAUCGCCGAAGGAUUGGCGUUAGCUGAUCGUGCUGGAUUACAGCAGAAAGAUGUCCUCGAAGUACUGGAAUUAACCAGUAUGUCAUCGGAAAUGCUGCUGCAAAAGGGAAAUGCAAUCAUCAAGGGUGAAUUCCCCACGCAUCAGCCGCUGAAACACAUGCAGAAGGACCUGAAGCUUGCGCUGGGCAUGGCGGACGGGCUCGAGCAAUCGCUCCCGAUUACGGCCGCAUCGAACGAGGUGUACAAGCAUGCGAAACGCCUCGGCUACGGAUCCCACGACGCGAGUGCAGUCUACGUGCGGGCAAGGUUUUAACAGCGACCGUUUUUCGGAGGGCUAAGGGAGACACAACAAGAACACCACCACCACCACCGCUAAUACGGAAGGCGAACACAGACAGACACACACAUACACAAGAACAGAGAAGAUGUGAGAUGACGAGAGGCGUUCGCAGGUUGGUGUUUGAACGGAGAGUAGGUCUAUUACAGUCUUUUAUUCUGUUUUGUUUAAGUAGCAAAGAAGCAGUUUUGGAAACGUGUCUUUACAAAAACAGAUCGAAUUGACGGUAAUAUUAUGUUUUACCGAUUGACAUACAACCGUACAAAAGCAGAGAAUUUUUAAAAAUCGGUGUACAGAUUUACUAUUUUUUCAUUUUUGAACAUAAAUAAUAUGUUCACAAUUUACACGUUUCUUCUCAUCGUCACACGCAAAAUAACCUUCUCCCAUAACACUAUAUACAGUCGACCACAUUCGGAUAGCAAGCAAAGCAAGUAAACAUUUCGAAAGCGAAUGUUCCCUAUAAAUAUUUUACACGAUAAGUUUUAUUACGCAGAAAUUUAUCUCGAAGGUAUCCUUUUACUUGCUCCGUUGAUUUACGUUUCUUUUUGAUUGAUUUUAUUGAAAAAAAAAAAUUAAAACAUAUUUCUAUAGUUAAGUGAACAAUGUAGGUAAUUAGUAGAUGUACUAGCAGGGGCUUGCAGUGUUAAUUUGAAAAGGGAACUACAACUGAACGAAAAAAAAAAAUAGUGUCAUGUUAGUGCAAUCGAACGGUCGAUCGAGAAGCACAUCUGCUGCAAGAGUUGGAAAGCCAACAGAAAUUUAUUCGAGGCAUAGAUUCUAAAAGUGUUUAUCAUUUUCGCGUUUAGUUGACUCUUUUCAAAAAGUGGAAAAGAACAAAAAAAAAUAAAAGAAAAUUAUUGCGUAAUGAAUUUCUAUUUUCGUAAAACAGUCACCGUAAUAAAAGUGUUUGAACAGAAA